AUGAGUUUCUAAAGUCUGACUAAAAAUAUGAGAUGAGCUUUGAGUGUGUCUCUCGAGUGUUUCUUUGUUCGACUGUUUUGAUGUUUCGGAUAAUAGCAGUGACAGUCGCGUAACUUCCCGUUUGGACCCGUGUGAAAAUUUCGAAGAGGAGUUUGAAUCAUAAUAACCUAAUCAUAAAGAUCUAGUGAGAUUAUUUCCAUCGUGCGUGAUAAGGCAGCCAGCAUGCAGAAUGCAGACUUGGUAUGGAAAACAAGCUCAUUGAAUUGUAAACUCAGACUCAUAUAUCAUAAACAGUGCGAGAUGUGCGAAAAAAUUAUCACCCCGAAUUGAACUCGUUAUCAGAUAUGAGAAUUCGUUAAUACUUUAUCGGAGGAAGCUCGACGCUCGAUGGAUCAGUCGACCAUAGCGUGUUGCUGGGGAUAGUCGAUUCGCAAAACCCAACACACACUGACAUUGUCGCUCGUCACACUGGUGACUGUGUGCUGCUGUGUGGUGCGCUAAGCUGUGCAACGUGAAUGCAGUGCGACGACGUUCGUUGGAUGCAUUUUCACGGCGCGGAGAGAACGUGCCGUGCGGCGGAGAGAACUCGAUACAGUCGCAAGAAGAGAGACGAUUGUCACACACACACACACACACACACACACACACACACACACACUAAUCGCGAUAAAGAAAGACGGCAACACGGCAAAGACGAAAGACAAAGGCAACGGGCAACAACUGAACAACCGUUUUUAUUAAUUAAGAUUCAUCGCACGUCGUAAACGAAACGUAACGUUAAAUGGUGAAGACAUAACUUUGCACUUAACAGAGUCUGUGUAAGAAAGGUAAUUAUUUGUUAAUUAGGAGGGUCGCAGAAGGAUGCGGUGCUUGAUCUUCUUCUUAAUCGGCGCCGCGAUGGCCGGUGAAUCCGGACCGGAGCCGGAGUUCCCCGAGUCACCGUCGAUCGAGAUCUCGCCGUUGCCUUACGAGGAGACAUUUCCGACUCCUCUUCCCGGUCUGCUGUAUCCUAGAGAAAGUGAAUCCCGAGAGGUGAGAUCUCUCGAUGGGCUAUGGGACUUUAUCGUGUCACCUGUGGGGGACGCGCUGAAAGGUUACAGAGAAGGAUGGUUCGCCUAUGAUCUGUCGAAGGUCGGCGAGAUGAUCAAGAUGCCCGUACCGUCGUCCUACAAUGAUAUCACGACGUCGCGGGAUCUCAGGGACCACGUCGGCGCUGUCUGGUACCAGAGGACGUUUUUCGUGCCCUCCUCUUGGAAAGAUCAACGGGUGUUCGUGAGAUUCGGCUCGGUCAACUAUCUAGCCCAAGUGUGGGUGAACAACGACCUGGUGACUAACCACGAGAUGGGCCACCUGCCCUUCGAGGCGGAGAUCUCGUCGUAUGUCACUUUCGGCGACAAAAAUCGCAUCACCGUCGCCGUGGACAACACCUUGUUGCAGACUAGUGUCCCUCAGGGCAAAAUUCUGGAGGCGCCCACCGAGAACGGCACUGUACACCUGCAGACCUAUACCUUUGAUUUCUUCAACUAUGCCGGUAUACACAGGUCCGUUUUACUAUACGCUACGCCGCGCGUCUACGUCGAGGACAUCACGGUGAAGACGGGCCUGCUCGGUGACAUGGGAAUCGUCAAGUACAUCGUACAACCGGCCGGAUUGCGCGAAGGGGAAACACCAAUCUGCAGUGUCACGUUGCACGACGCCGAGGACACUCUGGCUAUCAAGGAGCCUGUCUACGGCCUGUCCGGCACCUUGAAAGUCCCACUCGCCAGGCUCUGGUGGCCUAGGGGCAUGGACCCCAAACCGGGAUACCUUUAUACUUUGGAAGUAAAGCUGUCGGUAGCGAACGCCACGAAGCCAGACAUGUACCGACUACCGAUCGGCAUCAGGACUCUCGCAUGGACCAACACGAGUCUCCUGCUGAACGAUCGACCGGUGUACAUGCGUGGUUUCGGUCGACACGAGGACUCGGUCAUCAGAGGACGCGGCUUCGACCUUGUGACCGCAGUCAGGGAUCACGAACUGCUUCAAUGGGUGGGCGCUAACGCCUACAGAACCAGCCACUAUCCCUACAGCGACGAGGUCCUCGAUAUGGCCGACAGACUCGGCUUUCUCGUGAUCGACGAGUGUCCGUCAGUCGACACGGAGAAUUUUUCGCCGUCCUUGCUCUCGCGUCACAAGGACUCGCUGUCCGAGCUCAUCCGCAGAGACAAGAAUCGGCCGUCGGUGAUCAUGUGGUCCUUGGCCAACGAACCGAGGACGCAAUUGCCCCAAGCAAAAGAGUACUUCAAACAAGUCGCUCAUCACGCAAAAGCGGUCGACCCUACGAGGCCGCUCACUAUCGCUCUGGCUCGCGGAGUGCAGGAGGACAAGGCUGGUCAAUUUCUCGAUGUGAUCAGUUUCAAUCGUUACAAUGCUUGGUACAGCAACGCCGGCAGGCUAGACAUGAUCACCGACCGAGUACAAGGGGAAGCCGAGGCCUGGCACAGAAAGUACAAUAAGCCGGUGCUGAUGUCCGAAUACGGAGCCGACACCAUGCCAGGUUUACACGAGCUACCGGAUUACGUAUGGAGCGAAGAAUAUCAGAAAGAACUAUUCUCCAGACAUUUCGAGGCCUUCGAUCGUUUGCGACAAGAGGGCUUUUUCAUCGGCGAAUUCAUCUGGAAUUUCGCCGACUUCCGCACCGCGCAAACGUAUACCAGAGUAGGCGGAAAUAAGAAAGGAAUCUUCACGAGGGACAGGCAACCGAAAAUGGCAGCACAUCACGUCAGAAAGAGAUAUCACGCUCUCGAAGCCGAACUGGACUGUGCGCAGAUACCGAAAGAUGUUGAGAGUUAUGUUUCGUCCUAUUACUCUCAGCACUCGGAACUCUAAUUAGAAAUUGAAAGAGGAGAAAAGAAAAGAAAAGAGAAGAAAAGAAAAAGACAAAAACACCGAAACUUAAGAGCCACUCAAUUGUCUCUUCACGAAAUAAAGCUACUAAAGUUUUGUUCCUUUCGUACAUCGCAUAAAGGUUGCACCGAUAACUUAAGAUAACACAUUCACCUUAAUGCAUAAUCUAUCUUGCUUAAUCAUCCUUUCUUGUAAGGAAGUAUACAAUCACCCCAUUCGCAUCUAAGAUUUGUUUAUAUCCACUUGUGCAAAAAAAUAAAUAUGAAGGAAAAGA